AUGGAAACGAGUCUCGAGUAUGAAGAUUUGUUGAUUAAAUUAAGAGCCAAACUCAAUGAAAACAAGAUCAAAUUGUGGGAACCGCCUUACAUUUCCGAAACUGAGGAGUACUCUCAAAGCCUUAAAGAACUCGCUAAAAAGUAUUCUGAAGAACUUAAACAUGAAGAAAAUAUAAUAAUCCAAGCUCUUUUUGAACUCCAAUUGCAUUCAAUAGAAAGGUCAAAAGCUAACAAUGAAUUUAAGCAAACUGGUUAUGCCACACUCAGGGUUAAAGCCACAGUACAGGGAGAAAAACCUAGAAUGUUAAAGAUCAUGAAGCAGCUUGAUGUAUCUGGUGAAGAAUUAAUUGAAGCCGUCGCAAACUUGCUCGAAGUUGCCAAAAAUAGAGUCAAACUUAUAUAUAACGGCAAAUUAAUAAGACCGAAUCCUAAACUUGAAGAACAAGGAAUCAAAAACGGUGUACAGAUUAUGGCAUUGGUUAUGGCAGAAGCUCCAGAGCAAAUUAAGAAGGAUGAUAAAAUUUAUCGUGAGAUGAAAUCCACAUUAGAUGAUGCUACAUUACUGUCAGAGUAUGUAGAUGAUCUAGCUGAGGAUGAAGAGUAUAUGAAGCUUGAAGAUCAAUCUGGUAAGACUAUUAAACUGCCGCCGGCUGAGAGAAGGUCUUUACUGAUAGGGUUGGCGCUUCACGAGCGGGGACGGGCCGCUGCUAGGAAACAAGACUAUUCACUGGCGUUGGUGCUGUUCUUAGAGGCUGAUAGACAGUUUAGUGAAUGCAGAUCUUCAAUCCUACAGAGUGUUGACAACAUCGCUGUGUUACAACUGGACAUAUCCUGGUGUUAUCUUUGUCUUCGUAGUCUUGCAUCGGCGGGUGACGCGGCCGCUCGCCUCGCUCGCGCAGAAAACGCCUUCAGACUCUCAUAUGGCGAAGAUCAUCAACGAUUGAUAGCUCUCAAAGGAACCAAUGCAAACGAGAGAGUGCUUUUCAUGCGUCUCUACCUGCUACAAGGGAUUGUGGCGUAUCAUCAGAACAAACGUGAUGAUGCCAGGGUACUGUUGGAGAAAGCUGAAAACGAACUCAGAUUUAUUAAGGUUGAUGAAGCCUCAGUAGAAGCGCUAACAGAGCUAGGCUGGUCACGUGGUCAGGCUCGGACAGGACUACGGGCGGCUGGAGGUGAUCUGGACCGAGCACAUCACUAUCUGGAGGAGAAACGAGCGGAGAGAGAGGCGGAGAGAGAGAAACAUAGAGUGGAAAGACUCCAGGCGCAACUUGGUCAAUGUCUGGAUGGUUCGUCAGUGAAUCCCCAACUAGUACAAGCUUUACAAGCCAUGGGUUAUACAAGACGGAUGGCGCUGUUGGCUCUAAGGAACUCCAAUAAUAGUGUAGCUGAUGCUGUAAGGCUCAUACAAGAACAUCCUGAGAUGUUAGUGGAGAGUGACUCAGACGCUACAGCGAGCUCGGAUGAUUCAUUGCCUGAACCGGACAACAAAUUGGUCGCUGAGUUGGAAUCAAUGGGCUACCCUAUAUCUGAAGCCCGCAGCGCCCUCCGUCUGUCUCGGAACAACGUGCAACGAGCUGUGGAAAUACUGCACCAAGGAUGUGAACACUCGUGUGAACCAGGUUCUUCAAACCCAUCAACAAGUGCCGGUGUCACACGAAAGAAGCAAAAAAAGGCAUCGAAAUUAAAAAAGAAGAAAGACCGUGAGAGUGCCUUACACCGCCUGCAAAAUACAAUACGCUCCGAAGAUGAUGAGUACUUAAGCGGAGCCCUAAAUGAGGAAGAAGCCCUAUUAGGAACUUACCGAGCACUUCUAUGA